AUGGGACUCCUCGCAGAAAACAAGACUCGACGAAAGAUCAACAAGGAUCCUAACAACACGAAAUGGACUAAAGACGAGAACACCUUCGGACAGAAGAUCCUGCGCGCUCAGGGCUGGCAGCCGGGCCAGUUCCUCGGAGCCCAGGAUGCGCCGCACUCGGAGCUACACACUGCCGCCAACGCUUCCUACAUUCGUGUGGUUCUUAAGGAUGACAUGAAGGGAUUGGGCUUCAGCAAGUCUAAGGAGGACGAGGUUACGGGUCUCGAUGUGUUCCAGGAUCUGCUCAGUCGGCUCAACGGAAAGACAGAUGAUGCCAUCGUAGAAGACCAACAAGCCCGACUUGCCGUCAAGACACACCACUUCGUCGAACAACGAUACGGACCCAUGCGAUUCGUGUACGGAGGUCUCUUGAUUGGAGACGAAAUGAAGGAGUUGGAAGAAAAGAAUACCGAGAAGCCAGAGACAAGUUCCGACGAGGAUGUUGUCAUGGAAUCCGCACCCACACCAAAGGAAUCCAAGAAGGAGAAGAAGUCCAAGAAGAGAAAGGCCAGCGACGAGGAGGAAGACGAGUCCUCUAGCCGCGAUACCGAUUCAAAGAGCAAGAAGCGACGCAAGGAGGAGCGCAAGCUGAAGGAAGCCGACGGCGAUGACACCAAGGCCAAGAAGAAGAAGGAAAAGAAAGAAAAGAAGGACAAGUCUCGCAAGAAGUCCUCCACCGAAGCCUCAGACGACGAAGACGCCACAGAAGAGCGCUCCAAGAAGCGCAAGUCCAAGAAGGACAAGAAUGGGUCGUCAGAGGGUUCAGAUGAGGAGAAGGUGAAGGACAAGAAGUCCAAAAAGGAGAAGAAGGAAAAGAAGAAGCGCAAGAGGGAGGAGGAAGCUGCCAGCACAGCGGAUUCUACGCCUGCGGCUUCAGUGCCUGGAACUGGGGUGACAACACCAUCUGGUACAUCUACACCUCGCGGAAGCAGAAACUUUGUGCGGUCACGAUUUAUUGCGCAGAAGAGGCAGGCAUUUUUGGAUCCCAAGGCACUUAACCAGAUUUUCAUGGUCAAGGCUUAG